CUCAGGAGUGAAGCUGCUGAAGGCUGCACUGAAGGAUCCACACAGACUCAGGGUGGAGCCUGCUGGAGAAACAUGGUUAAGACCAGGAGGUCUAAGGAAGUAUUCCUGUCCACUCACCAUCCACAUGGACACAGUGCACAGAAAACUCAAACUAUGUCACAACAACAGGAAGGUGACAUAUGUUAAGGAGUUUCAGUCAUAUCCUGAUCAUCCAGACAGAUUUGAUGAUGACUGGUUUCCUGAGCUGCUGUGUGAAAAUGUUCUGACUGGUCGCUGCUACUGGGAGGUCGAGUGGAGAGGAGAUGUUUUUAUAUCAGCAAGUUACAGAGAAAUCAGCAGGAGAGGAGGCACCAGAGAAUGUUGGUUUGGAUUAAAUGAUCAGUCCUGGAGUCUGAGAUGCUCUGAUGAUAAAGGUUACUCUGUCUGGCACAAUAAUGGAGAAACACGCAUCUCCUCCUCCUCCUCCUCCUCCUCCCCCUCCUCCUCCUCUUCUUCCUACUCCUCUGUCUCUAACAGAGUAGCAGUGUAUGUGGACUGUCCUGCUGGCUCUCUGUCCUUCUACAGAGUCUCCUCUGACUCACUGAUCCACCUCCACACCUUCAUCACCACAUUCACUCAUCCUCUCUAUGCUGGAUUUGGUUUCUGGUCCAGCGCUACAGGUUCCUGGGUGUGUGUGUGUUGAGUGUAAAGAGUGUGAUGGUAGCAGAGAAACUCUGACUGGUGAACAGAUACUUCAGUCUGUACAUGUCUGUCUCUUUCACUCAGAAACAUCUUUUCAGAUUCA